AUGUUCGGGUUCUACGAGCAGAAAUUUGACCUGUCGGUUGCGCAAGUUUCAGUAGCCAUAAUGGACCUGACCAAUAAUUGGACGGAUAACGACAUCGAGCGUCGUGAAAGAGCGAAGGGACAUCACGGCGGCGAGGAGCGCGUGAAAAAUCAGAGAAAUUAUUAG